AUCAACAACAAAAACAACAACAACAACAUCAACACUAUCAAAGUGUGUGCGAAAAACAGGACGAAGAAGAAGAAGAAGAAGAAGAAGAAGAAGAAGAAGAAGAAGAAGAAGAAGAAGAAGAAGAAGAAGAAGAAGAAGAAGAAGAAGACUCAGAGGAAGGGGAAGACGUUACAGUGCCUCCACUGACGACAGCAACAUCUACAACAACAACAACAGAGACAUCAGUGAUAACAAGGCCAUCUUCACAAUCAGAAGAAUCAUCACUAUCAGCUACAGCAGUAGCGGGAAGAACAGCAGCGACAGCUGCAACAGCAUAUGUGCUAGCUUCAUCAUCAUUAUUAUCAUUAUCAUCAUCAUCAUCACCAACAGCAACAACAACAACAACAACAACAACAACAACAACACCAGCAUCGUUAAGCGGGCAUUGUCGUCGACCGUUACUCUUAUCGCGGCCAUUCACACCACCAUCGUCACCUUUGCCGUUAUAUUCGGCGAGAGAUCUUUCUACGUCCACGCCGGGAUUUCCCGAUGAAAGCCCACCGCUUUCGCCAGCUCGUGCUGAACGCAAGCCUCUUAAAGUUGGCUUCGUCGACAUGGAAGAUGAAGAAGACGAUGGACUUGAUGGUGAACAGGAUGCUGAUGAGGAUGGACGCCACCGUAACACGAGUAAAUUCGGUCUCAGGAAAGGUAUGAACUGUAAGCGAUAUCAUCAGCCGCGGAUGUCUUUACUAGGAAAACCUCUUCAUUUUCACGGCCACCGGAGAGACGCCAAAUACCGCAAACUCCAGGCCCGGAUUUACAAUUUUUUGGAGCGACCCAAAUCAUGGCCAUCGGCUCUAUACCAUAUUUUUGUGUUUUUCACAGUCUUCUCGUGCCUAGUAAUGAGUGUCUUGGCAACCAUAGAAGGGUAUGAAGAUGUCAUGCGACUAGCCUUGUUUUAUGUGGAAGUCGUCAUGGUUGUGUGGUUCACACUGGAGUAUCUGCUCCGAAUUUGGUCUGCCGGGUGUCGAUCGAGAUAUCAAGGAUGGAUGGGGAGGAUCAAGUUCGCCAGGAGACCCUUCUGUGUUGUAGACCUGAUGAUAGUUUCAGCUAGUAUCAUUGUACUAGCCGUUGGCAGUACUGGUCGAAUAUUCGCAACUUCCUCAUUGCGUGGUCUACGAUUCUUUCAGAUCUUAAGAAUGGUACGCAUGGAUCGUAGAGGAGGGACAUGGAAACUUCUCGGAUCUGUUGUAUGGGCACACCGUCAAGAACUAAUAACAACGGUUUAUAUCGGUUUUCUGGGCUUAAUUAUCUCUUCCUUCCUGGUCUUCUUGGUUGAGAAAGAUGCUGAAAACACAAAAUUUAAAACCUACGCUGACGCCCUCUGGUGGGGUGUGAUUACCUUAUGUACAGUGGGGUAUGGUGAUACAGUUCCCCAAACAUGGUCAGGAAAACUAAUUGCUGCUUUCUGUGCCAUUCUUGGAAUUUCGUUUUUUGCGCUACCCGCAGGAAUACUAGGAUCCGGCUUUGCGCUCAAGGUGCAGCAACAGCAGCGACAGAAGCACCUUAAUAGGCGUCGAGUGCCCGCAGCCAUGUUGAUCCAGUGCGUGUGGCGUAGCUAUGCAGCCGAUGAAAAUUCUAUGUCCAUUGCUACGUGGAAGCGUCACAUGACACCUUGUCCGAGCCCUACCACGGAGCCACGCUGGAAAAACAAUACAUCAUUUGUGAGCAGGUUCUCUACUAAAAGACGAGACCGUUCUUCACAAGGUUCCAAUAAUAUCCAGUCACCUAUGGUACCUCGGCAGUUGAGGAAGGCUUUCACGGCAGGUGACGAUGAUAUAUCGGACAGUUUUAACAGGAGUCAGCUGAGUUUGUCUGUGGGGGAGAGGGAACACACAGCAAUUAGGAAAGAAAGUUCAAUUUCUUCCGUUUAUACCAAGGAAUCAGAAGAAGAACCAGAUUUGUCCCCACGGGUCACCCAGCUGACAGAAACACAUAAAGCUGCUAUCAGAGCUAUUCGAAAAAUCAAGUAUUUUGUAGCCAGACGUAAAUUUCGCGAAGCACUACGACCUUAUGAUGUGAAAGAUGUCAUUGAGCAGUAUUCUGCUGGUCAUGUAGAUAUGUUGAGCAGGAUUAAAAAUCUACAGUUAAGACUAGAUCAAAUCCUAGGAAAAUCGGGUAGUAAGAAUAAAGAUGUUUAUGAAUCAAAAGUAAGUUUAGCAUCACGUGUUGUGAAGGUAGAAAGGCAGGUGGAAGAUAUUGAGUCAAAACUGGACCUUCUGAUAGAUUUGUACAAAGAAGAUCGCCAGUUAGUUUUGCAGCAUGUUCUGGGUGUCCGAAGUGAACAGGAAAUAGUACAGAGCGACAGCCGAAAAAAGCCACAACCUCUGUCUUCCCUAAAGCCACGGCCAAUCCUUGUGGACAAGCAAUACACCAGCGAACCUAACACGCCGACCGGCAUCCGUAACCCUAGCCGCCCAAUGCAACGAAAUCUGUCGGACUUAGGACAGCGCAUAAAAAAACGUGUCACUUAUCGCUGUUUGUCUUAUAACGAAGUGCCGCAUCGGACAAUGUCGGAGAGGAUUACAUAUGACAGGAACAAACCUAUCAAAGAUUUGUUCGUAGGUGAACCUAGGCCGGCAAAAAGCUGCCUCUUACAGCCGCAGCCGUCAUCUUCCCGAGACAGAUCGCCGGUCGGUGAUCAAGUAGGAACGCUGUGUUUCGCGUGCUCCGAGGGCAAGGACACUCUUAAUGUGACUACUACUGCAAUUAAUAUAACUACUACAGCUACUAUUACUACUAUUAUUCCAACACCGACAGCAGAAAGCAGCAGCACUACAACAACUGACACCCAACAGGGUUACGAGCAAAAUACUCAUAAGCAACUUUGUGCAACUAAAUCAGUUGGAAACAAUGUGGCUGUCACGUAGCCAAGGUUUUUCACAUUUAGUGAGAGAAGAAUGAAUUGAACAGCUCUGCACAUAUUGUCACUUAUCAAAGUUAAUGCAUGUAUCUUGAAAGGAAACCAACAAAAGUGAAAGUAAUCUAUAUACAUGCAUAUGAACAUGCGCAUAUGUGUGAGGAUUAUGUAUGUCUGGGAGUGUUCGAAAGCCAAUAUAUAAGUAUUAUGUGCGCGUGUGUAUGUAUA